CACGAUGCUUCCUCGAGCCAGUGAGGGAGAGGGAGCAGAGCGCGUUCUCGAGAGGGGAGAACCUCGAGACACAGGGCCAAAAAGAGAAAUAAAGCAGAAUAAAGCAUAGAUAUUGUACGCACUAAAGUGAUUGAUGAAUGAAAUAUAACCGUGUCGUCACAAGUAAUACUUAUAUUUUACUUGAAGAAAUAAAUAUAUCCUAACUUUUGAUGCAUAGCUAGCUUUCCACAGCGCCUGUUUUAAGCCAACUCAACGCCGAGUUGAGAUACCUAGCUACCCAGCUAGCCAAGUCAGACAGUGAAAAUUAAGAAUAUAUGGAGUGAAGGAGAGGCGUACAGGAGGCGGAAUAUUUUUGCAGAAUAUCUCGCAGUUGUGCGUGUCAGAAAUUCGCACAACCCUAAAGAAGUUCGUUUCUUUUUUAUUCAAAAAGUUGGCUUCCGCUUGGCACAGGCCUGUAGUUGUGGAGUGUCGCGAGCUAACGUUAGUUACUUCGCGCGUGUAACAAUCGGCGCGUGGUUCGGCUGUCACGGAACCGCAAAGUCGGUGAGGAAGAUGUCGGCUCAAGCUCAAAUGCGGGCAAUGCUGGACCAGCUGAUGGGCACGGGCAGAGAUGGUGACAGCAUGCGGCAGAGGAUCAAGUUCACAGACGAGAGGGUGUGUAAGAGUCACCUGCUGGACUCCUGUCCUCAUGACAUACUGUCAGGCACGCGCAUGGACUUGGGAGAGUGUGUGAAAGUUCACGACCUGGCUCUCCGGGCAGACUUUGAGAUUGCCUCGAAAAAGCAGGAGUACUUCUUUGAACUAGAUGCCACGGAGCACCUGCAGUCCUUUAUUGCGGACUGCGACCGGCGGACAGAACUUGCGAAGAAGCGUCUGGCUGAGACGCAGGAGGAGAUCAGCGCAGAGGUUGCUGCCAAGGCGGAGCGAGUGCAUGAGCUGAACGAGGAGAUCGGGAAGCUGCUGGCACGGGCGGAGCAGCUGGGGGGCGAGGGGAACGUGGACGAGGCGCAGCAGGUGCUGGAGAAAGUGGAGAAGACUCGCGCCAUGAAGAGAGAGGCGGAGGACGUGUACAGGAACUCGAUGCCAGCUUCCAGUUUUCAGCAGCAGAAGCUCAGAGUCUGCGAGGUGUGCUCUGCGUACCUGGGUCUCCAUGACAAUGACCGUCGCUUGGCUGACCACUUUGGUGGGAAACUGCACCUGGGCUUCAUUGAGAUCCGUGAAAAGCUGGAGAAACUGAGGAAAACCGUUACUGAAAAACAAGAGCUGAUGCGGAGCAGAAGACGGGAGGAACGGGAUAGAGAGGAGGAGCGAGAGAGGGAGUGGGAACGAGAGCGCGAGAGGGAGCGGGAGAGGGAACGGGAGAAGGAGCGUGAGAGGGAGAGAGAGCGAGAAAGGGAUAGACGAAGGACGAGAUCAAGAAGCGGAGAGCGUUACAGGAAACAAAUUGGAAACCAACAAACCACAUGUUUAAUUUUGAGGGAUGGUGGGAGCUCCUCCCAUCACUCCAGAAGACAUCACUCCUCUCGUUCACGGGAAGAAGGAGGAGAGAGAGAGAAGGACAGGGAGAGGAGGCACAGACACAAGGACAGACACCGCUCUCGCUCCCACUCUCAUAGGAGCAAAAAGAAGAGGACAGGGCAGAUCUGCAACCUGCGAGGCAUCUCACAAAGUAGGUCUUCUCGGGAUCGGUCCCCCCACCCCAGAGAGAGGGAGCAGCAGUCACCAUCACUGGAGCGAGGGAAUGAAGGCAGAGCAGAGUGGCAGAGGGAGGGGUGGAUGAUAGAGAGGGAGGGGUCCCCUUCGGUGGAGAUGCCCAGAAGAGACCCCAGUGAAGAGAGAGAGAGAUCUAUUUCGGUCGAGAGGGACAGACGCUCUAGUUCUGAAGAGAGGGAAUCGGGGGAGCUAUAGGGAUACUGAGACGGACAGGUGUGGAGUGUACAUACCGUAUAUAAACAGGUUGGGGAGGUGGGUGGGUGGGGGGGGGCUAGUUGGGGUAUGAUAUGGUAGGACGAGAUAACAGGAAAAUGUGGAGCCAGAAAUAACAGAAGUAAAAUGGGAGGAAAAAUGGGAAAUUGUCCCUGGUGAAUGUCAGAGAAAAUGUGAGGGGGGAGGGGGGUGCUGAAGGAGUGAAGUACAGAAGGAACAAAUGGGGAGACAGAUGACACCCAAAGGCUGUUUAUUUUAUUUUAGCAUGGCUGUUGGGUUAUUGUUUUUUAUUUUUAUGAUGAUGAUCCUUGUUGUUAUCAGUACUAAAAAAGAUACUCAAUCACUUUUGGACUCUCCGAUAUAAUGUUUGAAUAAAAAUUUUAAAAAGGAUGAAAAAGUGUACACUGCACGAAAGACCCAGCUACCCUGAUGUACAUGUGAUUAAUACACAGAGGAGUUUAAAUACAAAUGCAUUCACACAGACUACACCUGUCCCCAUAAGACUGCAACAAACACGCACACAAACCUUUAUGUAAAACUCAUCAGACACAAUGUAUAGUCUGUAGAUGUCAGUAAAGACAUGGAAAAAUCCUGAGAAAUUGAACACAAACACACAACAAAAGAGAAGGACAGCAUACUAACUCCAGGUUGUUAGAGUGCUGGGUGCCUGUGCCUUGAUGUGCAAUUUACACCAAAAUUGAAUAAAAUGAAAGUUUCCAUUCAAACACAA